AUGGGGCAAUUGCAGGGCAAGGCGACGUACUUGGAUGCAUCGACCUCCUUUCUAAACGCAUCCGAGCGGGACGUGAACAAACUCUGGGAAGGCUUCAACGAUGUGGCAGAGGGCUUUGGCCUGAAUCGAGAUGAAUUUGUGGAGAUCUGCCAAUUAAUGCAGCGCUCGCUCGACAUUUAUGCACAUGACGAAAUGGACCAGCUCAGUGGUGCUCUAUUUACCGCUCUAGACACAGAUGAGAACGGGUUGGUUGAUGCACUCGAGUUUUUGGGUACGAUGGCCAUGAUAUCAGCCAUGUCCACUUCCCAGAAAUUGACAUUUGUGUACAAUUGUUACGACUUUAACGAGACGGGGCAAUUGUCACUGGAUGAACUUACGUUGGCCUUCAAGUCGACGUUGACAGGGCUAUGCAAGCUCUGUCAAGAUGUUUCCUGUCCAACGGAGCAUGUCCUUGAAAACUUGGCACGCUACGCUUUGCAAAAAGCUCACAAGGCUGAUGAAGAUGCUUUUUUAUCGCUUUCUGAGUUUUUAAAUUUUUGCAAUUCAACUCCUGAAGUGACGUCCUGGGUCGACUACUUUGACUGUCCAGGCGAAAAAGUAGACGAACAGACCGGAGACGAUAGCGAUGUAGAACAAGAGACCAUUGCAAAUAUUCUGGCAUCUUCUGCUUUCGACGAUGGAGAUAAAGCAAGGGACAGAGACCGAAAUCUACCAUAUGACGCGUCGGUACUGGACUUUACAGUGAACAAGGUGCUAGAGCAACGUCCAUGGCAACUUGCAGUGACAAAUUUAGCGCACAGUCCACCUCCUGUAAUUGAUCCACGAUUGCCGGCCGCAAGUCUGGAACUUGAAUGGAUCUAUGGUUUUAAUAGUGAUCUCCGAAACAUCGUUAAGUAUGUGUCAACAACUGAGGCAAUUUAUACUGCAGGCAGCGUUGUUGUCUUGUAUGAUACAGACGCCCACCACCAGCAAUUUGCUUGCCACCACUCGGGACUUGUUCAGUCAAUGGCUCUCCAUCCGUUGAAUCGUCGCGUCGUUGCCACAGGUGAAUGUGCGCUCGAGCCGAAAAUUGUCGUCUGGUCGACAGAAUCAGUGAGUGAGAGUGGAGGUGGAGGCGGAAUCGCAGUACUGAGUGUCAUUCGUGGGUUCCAUCGACAAGGUGUGUCUCAACUAGCGUGGCUACCGACUGGACGGACAUUAGUGACAGUCGGUCAGGAUGAAUUCCACUGCAUCGCAGUUUAUCAAUGGGGAAAAGCAACAGGUACAGCAGACAGCGAAAAGAUGGGUGAUGCGGAUUGGGAAAAACCAGCGACGCUUGUUUUCGCUGGACGUGGAGGUCAAGAGCCUGUGCACGCACUAGCAGUCUUUUCUGGACCUACAGGUCAGCCUCAAUUUGUUACAGCUGGGCAACGCCAUCUCUUCUUCUGGAUACGGGAGCCUGACGUACAAUAUUCCAAUUCUCAUGCGUUAUAUAAACGACUCCCUGGAGUCCUGGGACGCAAAGCAAAAGUGCAAACCAUACUCAGUUUGGCUGUUAUACCAGGUGCUUCAGUCAUGAUCGCUGGAACGGCGCGUGGACAAUUGUUGGUAUUCGAAGGACGCAAUUGCGUACGCGUAAUUCACGCACAUGCAGCAGCCGUGACUGCUCUUUAUGCUUUAUCAGAUGGACUAUUAAGUGGUGGAAACGAUGGCAAAAUUCGCGUGUGGAAUCGACGCAUCGAGGCCGGUGCUCAAUUCGACCUGGUGGCGCUAGGCAGUUCAGCACCUCGCGUGCGAAGCUUAGUAGCUUCUCCAGAUGGCGAAGCUAAAAAGCUGCUGAUUGCUACGGCAGGUGCGGAGAUCUUCGAAAUUGCAUCAAGUGAUGGUGCUAAUUUGCACUUUGGUCCUGUCGUGUGUGGACACUCGACAAAUCAGCUUCAUGGUCUUGCAACGCAUCCGCACCGGCAUGAGUGUUGCUCGGUGGGGGACGACCAUACUGUGCGUGUAUGGGAUCUUUCAAUGCAUCGCCAGAUUCGUGUCGCCGCCCUAGAUGCCCCCGCUCGAGCCUGUGCUUACUCACCGGACGGUUCUAUGAUUGCAGUGGGUCAAGGUGUUGAUGAAGAUGAUGAGCGUAUUGCGAUUCUUCCCCCGAAGUUGAGGUCAUUGCAAGAACGUCAACAGUCGAAGUUCGUCAAUUCGAACAAAACUGGCGCGUUUGUCGUACUGAAGGAGUCGUCACUUGCAGUGAAAUUCGAGGCUAAAGACUCUAAGCGAGCGAUCAAAACUGUGCGAUUUUCGGGGGACGGACUUACACUGGCUAUCGGGUCAAGCGACAACUGCAUAUACUCGUACCAUACGGAAGACUGGGCGUCUAAAGGCAAAUGUCGUGCUCGUGAUGCUGGCGCAGUUCUUAGUUCAUUUGAUUUUUCAACUACAGGUGAGCACAUUUUGGCAAACGCUCGAAAUCGAGGUGAAAUAAUAGCUUUCGAGAGCUCGUCUGGUGGGGAGAUCACGCAGUUAGCGACGCUACGAAAUGUUGAAUGGCUAACGUGCUCGUGUCCUUAUGGAUGGGGUGUUCAGGGUGCGUGGCCAGCACAUGGCGCACAGGAAUACGAGAUCUCGGCGGUCGAUCGCUCUUCUGGUGCUGAGACACAAUUGCUUGUGACUGGAGACACGCUUGGCAUCUUGCGUCUCUUUCGGUAUCCUUGUGUGAAUUUAGAUUCACAUAGUCAAUUUGCAUAUGGCGCGGCUAGUACCAUUUCAGCCAUUCGCUUCACAGCAAAUGGGAGCUACGUCGUCGCCUGUGCACGCGAUGAACGCUGUAUUUUCCAGUGGCGCGUUGAGCGUGAAGAAGUUGAUGCCGUCGGUACGAUCGGCGACGCAAAUGAUCCGAUAAUCACCUCUGACGAUGAGCGCGAACAAAGUCACGGAAAACUACGGUCUAUUCAUGAAGAAGUUGCCGCUGUUGGUGACUUUGCGCUUGAGCUCAUUGAGAAUCGACUACAGAAUUCAAUGUGCAGCAAUGAUGACAAGCGGCAAGAAAGUGAAUUAGAGACCUCCAAAGCACAUUCGCUUAUUUUAAAACCGUGGGUGAAGUACAGUGUACCACCUUCACAGUCGCCGAGUGAAACAAACUUGGAGCUUCCGACUUUACCCAGUGAAAGUCUUGAGCUUGAGUGGGUAUAUGGAUAUCGCUGCCACGAUGUUCGCAAUAAUGCAUUCCUUACACAAUUUUCGAGCUCAAUCGUAUAUCCAGCUGCAAACCUGGUCGUGGUCAUGGAUACGAAGCUUUGGCUACAGCGUCAUUUUAAGCAACACACGGACGAAGUGACAAGUCUUACUAUGCAUAUCAAGCCGGGUGAAAGGGCAAAUAAUUUUCGAGAGAUCGCAGCGUCAGGACAAAUGGGGCGUCUCCCUGUUAUUCAUAUCUGGCGAGUCGAUUCGUUUGAAGUGAUUAUGUCCUUGCGUGGCUUUCAUCGACAAGGUAUUGCCGAAUUGCGUUUUAAUGCAGGCGGCAACUUGUUGGCAAGCAUUGGACUGGAUGAUCGAAACUCACUCGCACUGUACGACUGGCGCAGCGGUGAGUUGCUCGCUCAUACGAGUACAUCAUCGGUAGGACGCAUUCUUGGCUUAAGUUUUCAGCAAGAAUCGGUCAUGACACCAAAAAAUGUAAUGAACUCCAACGGGUCUAAAAUGGCACCCAUCAUCAUCGCGACUGUCGGCGUUAAGUCUGCAGCCUUUUGGCGCCUUGGAGCAGGUCGAACACUCAUCAAGAAAGACGCACUACUGGGACGUAAAGGCCAUCAAUUAGGUGUCACGCCAUCAUUUCUGAGCAUAGUGUAUAUGGGCGACGAUGCCAUCGCGGGCACCGUCAGCGGUGAUUUAAUUUCUUUUAGAGGAAUCGAGCUAUUCAGCAUUGUACCUGCACACACACGAAGCGUUGCAGCGUUGUACGCGGUCGCGAGCGGUAUCGUUAGUGGUGGUCAAGACGGUUUGGUAAAGCUUUGGAGCGCUGACUUGGAGUGUCUGGCUGAGUUUGGCAAAUUUAAUCCAGCACAGUACGCAAUUCGUAGUGUCUUUUGGGACACUGCUCGAGAGUUAUUACUCGUAGGUACUAGAGGCGCAAGUAUUCACUUAAUAUCGAGUCGUGAUGGCACUCCGAUAGAAUUCCAGAUGCCAGAUGGGGCGUCAGUCCCGUUCAUAGAGACCCACUCACGCGGUGAACUUCAUGGACUUUGUGUCUGUCAAACGAAAGCUCGAGGCUGCACAACUGGCGACGACGCUGUGCUCCGUGUAUGGGACUUGACGCGCCAUCUUGAGAUCAUGACGAAAAAACUUGAGACUUUCAGCCGAGCUUGUGCCUAUUCCCCGGACGGCAACUUUAUUGCCGUGGGAUUGGGCUCUGACGGCACUAGUCGACGUCACAAGAAGGAUGGUACGCUGUUGGUAUUUGAAGACCGUGGACAAAGCUUAGAAAUCGUGCAUGAGACGCGCGAUACUAAGCAAGCGAUUACCGUCAUGCACUUCUCCCCUGAUGGACAUUCCCUAGUGUGUGGUGCCUUCGACGGUUCGGUGUACAUUUAUGACGUGCCGACUAAUUUUAUGAAGCGUGCGAUUUUUUCUAAACACAAAGCACCAAUCACUCAUCUUGAUAUUUCAAGUAACUCGCAGUACGUGCGUAGCAAUUGCAAAGGCUUUGAGUUGUUCUUCGCCGACGUCACCACCGGUUCUCACAUAGCCAGCGCAACAGCACUUCGCGAUCAAACGUGGGAUACGUGCUCCACCAUUUACAACUGGUCAAACCAGGGAAUUUGGCCAGUACCACAUAGAGACUUAAACGAUGCUAUCGGUGAAAUCACAUGUUGUGCAUGUUCAGAGCCCAGUGCACCUUACGUAGACAGUAGUGCAGUUCUUGCGGCUGGCAACUCGCAUGGAGCGAUCAAAUUGUUCAAUUAUCCGGCUAUUGCACAGGGUGCAGGAGCAAAGACGUAUCAUGGACACAGCGGUGCAGUUUCCCAGUUAUGUUUCUUGCGAGCCGGCGGAAGUGUCUGCGUCAGCAUUGGUCGAUAUGAUCGUUGUAUGUUGCAAUGGAGACGAGUAGAUAGUGCUGACAGACGUGUGGACAACGAACAGAGCGGAAAUGUGACCAUAGCAAAGGAUCCUGAAGGUGAUCCUGAUGUGGACGCUGAAGGACAUAGCCUGCUCAAGGCUAUUACCACUGGCGGCAGAAGGACCCAUAGAGAAGCGAAGCCAUUCUUACAAACAAUGAUAAAGCCGUCGAAUGCUGUUCAGGAACCAAGUAGAACCGACGGAGUGGGAAGCCAUCGUUCUUUUGAGCUCGAGCAUGUGUUCGGAAUGCGUGCUCAUGACGCUCGACAAAAUGUCAUGUACGCGCGACCUAAACGAAUUGUGUAUCCGACUGGAUAUGUAGGCGUGAGCUAUGAUCGCCGAGAGCACCGACAAGUGUUUUACGAUGGGCAUAAGCAUCCUAUCUUCUGCCUCACAACAUCGUCUUGUGGUGGUUUCGUGGCUUCGGGGGAGAUUUGUACACAAGAUUUUGCACAAGAGAGACCUCGCAUUCACAUCUGGGAACCUGCGACUUGCAUGCGCAUCGUUGAGCUUAGCUCUUUUCAUAGCAAAGCAGUGACUGCUGUUUGCUUCAGCUCAAUUGAUCCAAAGCUCUUAGCAGCGGUAGGUCAGGAUGAUUUUCACUCUAUAGCCGUGUAUAGGUCACCAUCUGGUCAAUGGUAUGAUGGCGCACUCUUCGCUAGCUCCCGCACAACGAAGCUUGCUGUGUUUUUUGUCUGCUUCAUUGAGGAGCCGCACAGUGCAGAAGGUUGUCACUUGGUCUCUGGUGGAGAAGAUCAUGUAAUCUUCUGGAAGAUGACGCCAUUGACACUGACAGCACGGAACGGUACAUUUGGUGCGAGAGCCCAGCGUCAACCCGUUCUUUGUGGUGCUGCAAUGGAUGAUAUUUUGAUCACCGGCUGCGAAUCAGGUCAUUUGUAUGUCUGGCAGGCCUGUGCUGUCUCACGAGUGAUUCCAGCUCAUGCUGGCAGCGUUUAUGCUAUUCACGCCACGCCGUUAGGAUGUGCGACUGGAGGUCGCGACGGACACGUGAAGCUCUGGGCACGGAAAACGCUCACGCCAUUGAUAGACUUUGACAUUGCACAGUGCCAACCAGCGCCACAUAAUGCAUGUGUGCGUUCGAUCUGUUGGGAUGUAGCAGAAGAUCGUUUGCUUAUCGGUACGAUAAGUGCAGAGCUGCUGGAACUCUCUUGUCUCACAAGAAACACCAUUCUCGUGUCUGAGGGUCACUUUGACCGCACACUUCAUCUUAAUGGUCUUGCAGUUCAUCCGCUGCAACCCGAAUUGGUCGCGACGGCUGGAGGUGACUCCACCGUACGUCUGUGGCAUCUUGAGAAGCGCUGCGUUAUUGCUAAGACAGUUUUGGAUGGAGCACUUCAUAGUGUCGCCUUUUCUCCAGAAGGCAAGUGGCUCGCUGUAGGCUUUGGUGGAACUUCACCGAAUAAUGCAAGUCACAAGGACGGUGCGUUUGCUAUACUCAACAGCCAAACACUUGAAGUGCUACACGAAGGACGAGAUAGCAAGUCUAGCGCAAUGGAUAUGACAUUCUCGCCCGACUUGACCUUGCUGGCAUUGGCUUCAGCUGAUCACUGUGUGUACUUUUACUCAACUCUCGAGAACUUUGCACUUCGCUUCAAGUUCUCGAAAUCCACUGGUUGCGCUACUCGCCUGGACUUUGCUGUGGAUAGUAGCAUGGCUAGAGUCUCGACAGAUGCGUUUGAGCUGUUGUUUGUGAGUACUAUGGACGGUGGCCACAUUACUUCAGCUGCAAGUGUAGCAGAUGUCACUUGGGCAUCACACAAAUGUUUAUUUUCCUGGGAUUCUCAAGGCGUAUGGGAUUUCAAUGGCAAACCAGAACACCAUGUGUAUGCUCUGGCAAAGGCAAAUACACAGGAAAUGCUCGUAGCUGCUACAAAUCAAGGAAAGAUUCAUGUAUACGAUAUGCCGUGUCUGUCCAGACACACGGAGCAAGAUACACUUCGUGGUCAUAGCCUUGAUGUGGCAAAUGUUGCCUUUACAUGUGAUGACUCAAGGAUGGGGCGCGUCUUCGAGAUGUAUGUCGACAGCUCGCGCAUCUUCUGCUGUGGUAACUGCAACGCGCACCUUGCACGCAACGAAGACAUAAUUUCUAAGAACUUCCAAGGCACAAGUGGCAAAGCGUACCUCUUCGACACAGCAGUCAAUGUUUGUACAGGUCCACCAGAAGAGCGAAUGCUUAUGACGGGACUGCAUGUUGUGCUAGAUCUUUACUGCAACACGUGCUGGAGUCCUGUAGGCUGGAAAUACAGAGAGGCACACAAUGCAUCGGAAAAGUACAAGGAAGGCAAAUUCAUACUCGAGUUAGCCAAGACAAAUCAGUCGCCCUGA